AUGCCCUCCCUCACAUCCACCCUCGUUUCUCUCCUCGUCUCGGCCGCGUCCAUCGGCCAGGUCCGGGCGGUUGACCCGCUCGUCGACCUUGGGUACACAAAACUCCAGGGCGUCGCCGAGCCCGGCGGCGCGACCCGGUGGCUCGGGGUCCGGUACGCCGCGGCGCCGCUGGGCGAGCUCCGCUUCGCCGCCCCGGUCGACCCUCCGAACACGGCCGACGUAGUCGACGCUUCCAAGGUAUGGAAGAAUUCCCAAGUAGUGAAGGAAAAAAGAAGUUUAGCACUGGGCCGCCCACGGACUAACAUAAAACCCACUCCCCCAUCACAGUUCCGUCCCAUCUGCCUCGCCCGGAGCGCGUCCGACUUCACGAUGAAGCCCAACAAGCGCUUCACCGCCGCCGAGGACUGCCUGUACGUCAACAUAUUCGCGCCGUCCUCCGCCACGCCCGAGUCCCGGCUGCCCGUCAUGUACUUCAUCCAGGGCGGCGGCUUCCAGUCGCUGUCCAACGCAAACUUCAACGGCAGCGACCUGGCCCGCUUCGGCAACAUGCUCGUCGUCCAGGUCAACUACCGCGUCGGGCCCUACGGCUUCCUGCAGAGCAAGGAGGUCAUUGGCGGCGGCGCGAGCAUGAACAACGGGCUCAAGGACCAGAUUCAGGGGUUGAAGUGGCUGAAGAAACACGCCGCCGCCUUCGGAGGAAACCCGGACCAGAUGGUAGUCGUCGGCGACUCGGCCGGCGCGACCUCUGUGGCGCUGCUGAUGUCGGCCUUUGGAGAAGAAGACCCGGGUCUGUUCCAGGGCGCCAUCAUGGAGUCCGUCUCGGUCGCCACCGUCCGCGACCUCGACCAGGGCCAGGAGCAGUACGACUGCCUGACCAAGGCCACCGGCUGCAACCGGCAGGCCGACUCCCUCGCCUGCCUGCGCAGCGUCAACGCCACGGCCCUCCAGACCGAGGACUGCCAGUUCAACCCCAACAUCGACGGCGACCUCGUCAAGGCGCCCACCCUGCAGCGCUUCGCCGACGGCAAGUACCUCAAGGUGCCCACCAUCGCGGGCACCUGCACCGACGAGGGCACCAAGAACGUGCCGCAGGACACCGACACUGUCGAGAAGGCCCUCAAGAACAUGAACGACCAGGCCACGCAGUCCCUCAGCAACGACUCCCUCGCCCUCCUGAAAGAGACGUACCUCGACCGCCCGGCGCCCGUGUUCCCCAAGUCCGGCCGGCUGUGGCGCCAGCUCGCCAACGCCCACGGCGACUACCGCGCGCACUGCAUCACCAAGAUGCUGCAGGACGUCAUGGCGCGCGACGGCGUCAAGACCUUCAACUACCGCUACGGCCCCAUCGACGACGAGCAGGAGGCCCAGGGCUUCGGCGCCUACCACACGGUCGAGCUCAACGGCGUCUUCGGGCCGGCCAACACGGACGGCGCGCCGCCCAAGAGCUACGCCACCACCAACGCGCCCACCGUGACGCUGACCCAGGCCUACUGGGCCAGCUUCGUGCGCACCCUCGACCCCAACGCCGCCGCCAUCCAGCCCGGCAUGCCCGAGUGGCGGGCCUGGACCCUCGAGGGCAACGAGAGGCUGCUGUUCCAGAACAACACGGGCGUCAUGGAGACCAUGCCCGCGACGCAGCAGGCCAACUGCGUCAUGCUGGCGCCCAUGAUCCCUUUUAUCGAGAUCCCCGCCACCGAGGCCCAGAAGGGGUCGGUCGAGCUGAGGCGCGCCCCCGAAGUGUCGCCCGCAACGGCCCCGGCUUCCGAACUCGGAAAGGGCGGCGUGACGGCCGGGAGCCAGAGCGGAAUGAAGGAGGGCGGCAAGGGCAACGGCACGAAGCACGGCGGAGGCGAGGGCGGAGGCGAGGGCGGCGACAAAGGUGGCAAAGGCGGCGGCAAAGGCGGUGGCAAGGGCAUGGGACAAGGGAACGGCACCAACUCGACACCUCCGACGGUGCCGCCGUUCAGCUCCGCGACGAAGGCGGACUUCGGCCUCUCGGGGUUCUUGUCUGUCAUGGCCGUCGUGUGUGCUGGCCAGUUCAUGCUGGCAUGGUAGUAAUGUGUGCCCUUACGAAGGGGAAGGCUAUAUUUUUUUUUAUGCAAAGUAUGUAAUGUCGUUGGUCGUUUUCUCGUGACCGUGUUUCUAUAUCCGCGUUGCGUCCCUUCAUCGUGUUCGUCUUGACUUCUCCAAUGCUUAACCUACCUGCUACUUACUACCCU